CGCGCCUGACGUCAAUAAUCAAAAGUUAAUCAUCACUCCAGACUUUCGAGGGAAUUUCUUUCUGGUUUCCCGUGUAAACACAAAUAUCUUUCACGCGGUACACGCGUGAUGGAGAUUAGCGAAGAGGAUGGACACGAAUCACGCGAGUCUCUCUCUGAACGGUAUCCCGCUGCGUUCGUACAGGCUAUACGCGAAACACCCCUAGCAUUGUCAUCGGAUUUAAAUGCAAAUACACCAACAGCGGGGCAGAGCGCGGGAAUAGGUCUGAGGGAUUUAGGGCGGAUGCAGAUUUUUCCGUUUGGUUUAAUGGGCGACUACGAUGUGGAUUUAUUCCCUGCCAUGGCUGGACAGGAGGCGCUCAGAGAUGUACAGAAAGCCCAAGUAAAACGUGCUCGGGAGGAAACCAUGGAAGAGUUAUCAGCCAUUCUUCAGCGUGUCAAAUUCACAUUAUUAGAACUCAAGACUGCAGAGAAAGAGCUAGCUGUUUCUGAGACCCCUGAACCAACCAAAAAGCAAACGAAAAAGAGAAAACGUAGAAGAAAAAGAAACAAAGACAAGGACGAAACUGUACCUUCUUCCGACGUUGCCCUGACACCGGAUAGAAUUCCUACAGAGAUUUCUAGCGAAGAAAAACAAGCAGAGCAAAAACAAGGUGAGACCAUUGCACAAUUUGAAGGCGGCGAGGAACUGGUAACUAAACCUCGAUCAGGACACCUCAUGACAUCCUCGACAGAGCAGCUGCCGACCUUAUCCGCUGAUCCCAUGAGUAGUGAGUCGUGGAGCAGUUCGGGCGAGUACGAGACGGGCAGUAGUUACCCUGAAGACGAGGAGAUGUCAAGUGACGCGGCGGAAGCGUUAGACAAACCAGGGGAGCUGCCCUACUUUUCGACGCCUCCAGGCGUGCAGCAGAAACCACCAGCCUUGUCACCUACCCUCAUGAGAAAGGCUGCAAGACGGAGACGCACGUCGGAUGCCAUCGCAGGCUACAUAGAGCACUGCAUGGAACGUGAGGAUAUCAUGUUGCAGAUGAAGUCCUGGAUAGAGGCGGCCGCUGAUGAGGAGCCUCCACGCUCGCUCUCGCAGAUGGAGGAACGCUACAGCCCUGGGCUCUUAAGAGAGGAGCUCCCUCUCGCUAUAGGAGGCGCUGUGGAAACGUUUAAGGAGACAUUAACCAAACUGAAGCGUAUCGCUGACUCGUUAGGGAUUGGUGAUGCCGAGGAUGAAAAGGAAGAAGAAAAAGAGACUUCGGUGAAUUCCACGAAACCCGGGUUACCUCCACCACCAAAGCCGAAAGCCACAGUCAAGAUAUUUGACGACAGCGAGUUGUCGAUCCCGAACAAUUUUAACGUCGCCUGCAGCUUACUGGUGAAGAUUAUGGACGAAGCAGCGAAAUCCACUCCUGCUCGAAGAACUCGAAUCUCCCUCAACAACGGCCUCCAGCAAUUCCAGUUCAUUCGCAAGGUGAUGACAUCGCGUGCGAAUAAGAUAAACCAGCUGGACAAGGAAGUGAUCGAUAUGGGCGGGGAGAUCACAAAGAUAAAAAAACAAAAUGACGAGCUCCGUAAAACAAAGAAAAAGAUGCAAGUUCAGUACGAGAAACUAGAGCACCAACUAGAUGAUCUCAAAGUCCAACUGAAACGCAAAGACGUAGUAAUAGCGGAUUUGAAUAAAGUCGUAGAGGAUUACAAACGUAAGGAGAGUUAUGGACUAUUUCGUGAAUCUAGCAGUGAAGAUUCGUCCCCCUCAACAGCAAGCACGCCAGAAAGCUUUGAGGAGAAGCCCAAACACGCAAGAAACAAAGAGAAGAAAAAGGAGGUCAAAAAAAGGAAAGGAAAAGAAAAGUCAACAACGUCUGGGACUUCGAAAAAAUCAGAAGCAGAAAUACAGGAGAAGAAGGAGAUCAAAGUUGAAGAGGCUAAACCUGUGGAUAAAAGCGACAAACCUCAAGAAAGUGUGAAAGACAUCGAAAGGAGUGAAGUCUACCAGAAGCUUGCGACUGAUUAUGAAAACACAGAAAAGGCGUUGUUGAUAGAACAGGAAAAGUUAUCGGAAAUGGAGAAAGAGCUCGAAAACUCCAAAGACGAAAAGGUGAAAAUUGAGCAAGAAAAGGCGGAUUUAGAUAUAGCAAUUGAAAACUUGAAGCGAAAUCAAGAGAUCGAACUCGAAGAGCUGAAGGACAACAUUAAAGACUUGGAACGAGAAAAUAAAAAGCUAAAAGGCGAGAUCGAGUGUAACGAUGAGAUGAUUCAGUACCAAGAAGAGAGAAUCAACCAGUAUGCAGAGGAGAUCGAAAAGUUAGAGGACAAAUUGAUGUAUUUGCCAACAACACCGGCGGUAAGCCCAACGAGCAAGGACCGACGGAGAUCUACUGUAGGUCUCGCUGAGCCGCCCACUGCUCGCCAAAUGAUAGCUAAGAUCAAACAGCAAUAUGAGUCCGAGAUACAAGGUUUGAAAGAUCACCUAGCUAAAGAAAGCCAGCGACACCAGGCAGAUGUGCGGCGCCGAGAUCAGGAACACAAGAAAGACAUUACCAAUAUUCACAAGGAAUCUUUGCUUCUUCUUCGGGCAAUCAAUCGAUUCAAAGAAUGCGCAGCCAGUCUACUCGACAGGGAGAACAUUUUGGCAGAGGCGCAUGCGCUGCGUAAACUCCCGCCUCUACCGCUGGACGACACACCCGGUGAAACACGUCAAAUGCUGGCAAGGAUGGCGAUCCUGUCCAACGAGCUACUGGUGUCCAUAGAGCUACAGUUAUCGAAGGCACUGAUGAGCAAACGACUAGAGAUCAAGGAUACGUCUAUCUCGAGAGAAUUGGUGAAGAAAGAACUGGAUAAUCAGAUGGAAUCAUUGCGAAAAGUCAAGGACAUUACUUCGAUGCAGGCGGGCAAGCUCAAGGCUGCUCGGGAAGGGAUUAUAGAACAAGAGCAAGAAUUUAUGAGAUUCAGGCUUAGAGAGGGAGAGAAAAAAGAACAGCUCGAGGAGCGGUACAAGCAGCUUCUCAACGAGUAUAUCGCCCUCAGAAAAGAGGUAAUCGAGGCAAAGAAAGCGGAAAAGCCAGAUCGAGAAAAAGACGAAGAGCUUAACCGUAAAGAAGCGCUGAUUCACAAAUACAUGCGCAGAGAGAAAGGCAUGCAGAGGAUGCUAGAAGAGCAGAAAAAGGUCAUCUCCAAUCUUGCGUCAGCCUGGCGCACGAGGCGAGUCGGACAGCUUUUUAUCAGCAAAGAAGAUCAACUUGACAAUCUCAAGACAAUCAGUGAGAUCAUGACUAAAAAUAAGAUCUCAAAAACUUUACAUGAGAUGACGACCACUCUCAUCAAGGACGCCAUUGACCUUCCGCGCCGACGGUUUAUAGACCUUGUCCAGCGGUAUGUUCAUCACGUGCACCUGCAAGAGCUGGAAAAACGCGCCAAGCAAAUGAAGACCGAGAAGGAUCUCGGUAGUGGCGCGACUAAAUUCCUAUACAUGCUUGAACGAAGAAUACAGCAGAAAAAGCAAGUUUGGAAAAAGCGCCAGGAAGAGUUCGUCGGCCGUCGAGCAGACAUUCUUAUCGAGCUGUCAAAAGUUCUGACACGUGUGAGCGAAGAAGCCGGGAUUCUCCUCAGCAAACCCAAAUACCUAACCAGGAGAACCGCUGAUAUGAGCGUUGAUGUACAGGACACAGGGAUCGAAGAGCGACUGCGCGCGCUUCGGGAUGCGCAGAUGACUUCGCGCAUUCCUAUUGCGGAACGAGAUAAGUCUCCGCCAGCUGGGACCAUAUCGGGGUACGGGGAGGUCAACAGAGUUCCCGUAUGGAAGAUGAAGGCAUUGGCCGCUCGUUCGCACGUGUACGUGACAACGCCCAAGAUACUGGAUAUCGACGUCAAUCAAACACGUCUAGCAGCACAAGAAAUUGUCAAAAGAAUCAGUAGAGGUCAACUCGACUCUGCCAGCAUGCCAAAAAUAAAGACAUUGACAUCCCGUGUAUAUCCCGCUGUAAAGAAAUCAGUAAGUGAUCCUUUCCCGAGAAGGUCGCCACCCGCCAGGCGGACACUCGCGCUUCCACCAAUCGCUACAAUGUACCCAUCUGAGGACUACAACGCAGAAACAAACGGAUCAUAAAAAAAAAGCUUAGGAAUGAUGUCCUAAUAGACAUAAAAUUUGUAGGCAGAAUAAAAAGAAAAAUAUGACUUUCUUCUA